CCCUCAAAUGCUUCGUCUCUUAUAUUUAUGCUCGCAUUCAAAGAAAGACACAGCGCUCUUCUCUAUAUUUGCUCUGCUGCAUUUCAGUGAGGAAAAUCUAAAGAGUCGUCCAAACACACACCUGAUUCAGAAUGGUGAUUCCCCCCCCAAUUAGACCAGACAGAGUGACAAAGUAUCUCAAACCUUACGUGCUGAGGAUGCACUUCACAAACAAGUAUGUAAAUGCUCAAGUAGUUCACACACCAACUGCAACAGUGGCUGCUUCUGCAAGCACACAAGAGAAAGGCUUAAGGCUUGCCAUGGUAGAAGGAAAAGAAAAUACUAGAGAUGUUGCUGCUGCUGCAAAAAUCGGUAAGUUGUUAGGAGAGCGAUUGCAGGCUAAAGGUAUUCCCGCCAUAUCUGUUUUCUUUAAGAGAGAGCAAAGAUACCAUGGAAAGGUCAAAGCAGUUAUUGAUUCAGUGAAAGAAGUAGGCAUAGAACUGGUUUGAUUGAAACACAAUGACCACUUUCUCGUUUCACGGCCUGCUGGAUUUCCUCCCAAGGCAAAGGAUUUAUAUGUUCUAUUGGCUUUGCAAAUCUAUUUUCGCGACAAUUUACUCGUCUCAGUUCUUCCAAACUGGAGCAAUAUGUGGUUUUCAAUGUAUAAGAUGUCACUUAUGACAUUCCCUGUGUUCUGAGUCUUUUAUUGCCAAGAA